GUCUCCUUUUGCGACUCCUCGGCCCUGCAGCGCUCUCCCCAAACCCCCUCAACCUCAACCAACCUCGCAGUGUCUUCCCAGCACCUCCCCUUACAACCUGCGUGACAGCGCCUAUUCACUCCAACCCUCCCCCCAAUCUUCAAUCAACCUACAACCAACUUUUAGCAACAUAAUCCGAUCAAAUCCACCCCGAACCACCGCGCAACCUACAUUUUCCUGCUCUUUGAACUCCGCGCUUUCACUUCGCACUUGUUAUUGUUUGCUAUCAUCGCUGUUUCGAUCGAGGCUUUGACUAGUUCUCGCGCGCUCUUCCGAAAGUCGCUACCUAAUCACCACUGUUGGCACACUACGACACGGCCGACCUCUGCUAUUAGGUUCUGUUGGGCCAGCACCCAACACACUUCGCACCUUCCGACUGCCACCACUUGUGACUCGGGUCGGACCCUGCUUCGUCCUCGGUUGGGUCUUGGUCUCCUGGGGCGCGGCCACAUCAUCAAAGCCAAGGAGCCCACUCUGCCAAGCCUUCCGUCCCCUCAAGGUCUCCGCCCCUGCGCGCUGCUAGCGGUCUGCGACUCUGCGUGCGGUGCGGCCUCUUGUCAGUUUCCCCCGGCUGUGCCGAGCUAAUCUGAAAAAGGCAAUCAAAAACAACCAACUGGCAAUCCACAACAGCGAUCAAGCGGCCCCUGAUUUCAGCGAGAGCCAAAGGACCCACUUGCUCUCUUUCUGGGUUACGUCAGCCUCACACCCAAGAACAGGCCCCCUUGUCAGCUGCUGCCGGCCUGCCACGCAUACCCGCUCGGUUGCCUGUCCAAUACGCACCCCCUAUUCGGCCUGUUUAUCACAGUCGCCCCCCCCCCCUCCCUUUUCGACUUACACAUCACCCACCACUCUCUGUGACUCUUGGGUUAUCAAGUGUUCCUACUGCCUGCAAAGUUCGUGACGCUUGUAUCACGUCUUCCGCCCUUCUUUCCCGACCUAUCAUCGGGAUCACAGCCUCAGAACGCGUCUACGCCUGAGACCUUUCAUAUCAUCACAUGUUUCCUUUCUGGGCUACCGAGUCAAGGGGAAAUGACAAGACGUUAACGUUAGAUGCAAGCCAUCCUACGCUUUUGGAUCUCGCCGAACCAUCCGUGUCCAGUGUGUCAGCUCUUCCGACCGCGUCGGGUCUUCCGACGCCCAUCUCUCCCGCAUCCACCCACUCACUGAAGCGAAGACGGCUGAGCGCUGUUGAUACCGCUUUCCAUGGCCAUGGUCACUCGUCGAAGCGCAUCAAGACAGAGCAGGAUGGUGGUUUACCUUCGCCGACCUCGACCUAUGCAGGCGGCAAUGAGGCGGCAAGGCCGUCCAAGCUCGCCGCCUCCGGGCCUAAUCUAGAACGUGCAAAGGACGUCAUCCAAUAUCAGUUUGGACUUGAAAUCCUGAUGAAGCAUGACGAGCUCCGUCUCAUCAACCAGGAGCUGGCCAAGUGUCAGAUUGCUCUCGAGCAGCUUCGCCGGUGUCAUCUCAUCCCCUACCCUGUUCAGUGUCCGACACCCAGUCAGAUGCUGGACAUCAGCAGUGGCAAGGGUCCUGCUCUUCAGUCAAAACCAGGAGAGUCUGUACCGAAGUGGGCGCCACCCUUCGGGGUUGUCGACGGCCCGUAUUCUCGGCACUACGCUAAGUGGCUGAUACCCGAUCCCAUGUUUGACGGUAUUCAACCGGAGCCGGUCGUGGAGACUGCCCGGGCAAGGAACGCCGUUGCUGAAGGCAGAACGACGAGGAAUAGCAUGUCUGACGCAGGUGGUCUAGGAAAACAACGGUCUGCCCGCGGGCAGGGCACCCAGAAACUCCAAGCGUUAUCCAGUGGAUAUUCGCAUCCCAAGGAUAAAUCACUGCCUUGCAUCGUGAAACGGUCGGAUGGGAUCACGGUCAAGCUCGUCUGCCUUGAUUGUCACAGGUGGAACUUUUCGAGCACGCAGGGCUUCAUCAAUCACUGCCGUAUAGCCCAUCGGAGAGACUACAAGAGUCACGACGAAGCCGCCCUUCAUUGUGGGCAGCCCAUUGAUGUUGAUGAGAUUGGAGGUGUUGCUGCUGAGGAAAGAAAACCUUUGCCUCCCAUCGUUCCAAGCGUUCCAAAUACUACCAGCCCCGCUUUGGUGCACCAGCUGGCGCGCAGCGAACCCCUUUCGGAACAGCAGGCGUACAAGGCGUUGCUCUCGCGUAUCAAUGCGUCACUGGAGCUAUACCAUGCCGGCCAGCUCCCAGAUGUGAAGAAGAUACCAACCGCGCUACCAGCAUCAUCAUUGGUGUCUUCCAACGCACCAGACUUUGUUGGCUCGUCCGACACGCCGUUUUUGACGAAGCUGAUGCAAAAGAAGAAGGUUGGGGGUAAUCUGAGUGAGAAAGUAAAGGAUGCAAAGACCAUAAUAGAUUGGGACGCAGUUCUGUCGCGUAACGAGUCUGAAGAUACCGAUCAAUCGAAUGCCGCAGAAGGUACUUCAAGCUCCAAGAAGCCUGUCACGUCGACAGCGCGGGUAUCAGCCGUCACGCGCAAGCCGGCCUCGUCUACCAUUCCUCCUCCGCCAUUCUCGAGGAUUUCUACUUCCCCCGUCCCUCUUCCAACAACGAGCAUAGGUCGUGCUCCGGCCCACUUGACCGGCUUGCCCAUCACAGUUACUAGGCAGCGCAAUCCACCCGAUCACCCCGAAACGCCCAUAUAUGAGGACGACAUAGACACAGAGUUGAGUCCGAACACCGUCGCUAGCAAUAAUGCGCCCUCACUUGUUAGUGAUGAUGGGGAGUAUGAUGAUUCCGACGAUGGAUCUUCCUCCGACACCAGCGAUGAAAUUGAAACUCGGUCUGUCUCGGAUGUGGCAGAAAUUAAUAUUGAAGAGGAUGUUCAUGACGUGGUUGUCGCGCCUCGCGCUCAAAUUUGUCAGCACCGAAAAGAAACCACGACCAACAGGACAGGUACCGGGAAAUUCAAAAACGACGAAAGCCGACAUGUGACAUUUGUGACCCCUGUUCCUCCGCCGAAGCCGAAUACCAAGUCCAAGUCCAGGGCUACUGGCGGCAACAGGCGCAAGCAAAAGUCUUGAAAACACUCAGGAACAGUGGUUCACGUUUGAUAUCGGAGGGGGGCAGGAACCUCAUUCGCCACACCGUCACGUCUGUGAUAGUCUCCGAGAUCAUCCCCUUGUUGGCUUGAGCAGGGACAAACCUCCCAUGUAUACCUUACUAUUUACGAGAUGUUACUACAUUCAUUUUAAUGCCGAGAUGAGCAAGGGAACAGUGUUUUGGGCUUCGAAAUAGGAAGGAAUGCUCAUAGCUUAUGAUGUUUGGGUCCGGCAAUUUGUGAUUUUAUGAGAAGCGCUUUUUCCACUUUUUAUCUUUAUUCUUUCGUGUCCCUUUCAGUCACUCAACAGAGAUUAUCAUGCGAAACAAACGAGAACGGUCAAAUAAAACAAAUCUCGAUUGGAUCUUCUUUUCUUGGCAGCAUACCGUUAUAUCAAAGCAACUUCUGUCGUAUAUGGCUAUCCAGUCUACUUGAUUGAUAGGGAAAAGACAAAACAGUGGUAUCUCGAAAGACCUCGAUCGCGUUAGACGAAGGAAUAGGCGGAGGUGGUGUGAAAAUAGGCCGGACACGCCUUUACCGAACCAUACCCAGAGAGUGUGCAGACUAUUUUUCACACCGCCUGAGGCGGAAUGAAGGAGACAGGUACGAACCGGGUAGACCACGUUUGUGCGCAAGUUCUUUUGGCCAAUGUAAUGUAAAUCAUGCGCCAAGGACCUUCCUACUUGAUUACAUAGAUAGUCUUGAACCUUUCCAGAGCGAUUGGUUGCCUUGCCUCUUCUUAUGUGAUGGCCGGAAUACUUGACCGGAGGUAGGACCAUCAUUCCACAUAUAUGGAAGGUGGAAAGUUAGUAAGAGAAGUAUGGAUGAUAUUUGUCUCGAUCCAGGCUUCCUUGAAGCGACCGCUAAGUGCCUCACAAUAGAGGUAUAUAUGACUGGUACGUACAGUUAUAUGCUUGUUUGUCUGUUAGCCUUGUCCUUCGAGUAAGACUCAUUUCUCACCAGUUGACACGCCGGAAGGUCAAAAUCAUGGGUUGAACUGAAAUCUUCAAAAC